AUGAACUCUGCCAAUAGUACGAUCUCCAUAGUUAAAAGAUCGGUUAAGUUGGUAGAACCAUUGAUACAAAAUAAAUCUGGAGUCAAAAAAGACCUAGAGAAGACAAAACCUUGUUUGAAACCAGUAUACAUUAAGCGCCAAAAUCGGUUUACAGAUGAGGAGUUGGAGAAAUUCAAGUCUACGCUUCGACUAUUGGACCGUCAACGGUUACAAGAGUUUCUUGGACCUUUGAAUAUUGCAGAUUUGAAAACCUUGGGUAAGCGGGAAACCUAUGAUUGCGAAACGGCUUCUAAAAACUGGCAAGUGAAGAAUUUUCAGAAAAAUUUCCAAUCUCAGCUGAUUGUAUAUGAAGAAACACAAAUAUUCAAAAAACUAAUUAAAUACUUGGUUGAUUUAACGCCGUCCAAUUUGAAACAGGUGAAUAACGAAGUUCGCUUAAACCACAUCAUGGAGAAACAGGUGUUUAAGCAACGACUAAGAGUAGACAAUUUCCAUGAAAUUACACAAUUUCCCGAUCCAAUAACAAAAAAGAACUUUGAAGAAUAUAUUUACAACUUGACUCAUAUAAGGCAUCAUUUUUUAUUGUCCUCGAGUUUGAAGUCGGGGAUUAUCCCAUUAAUCUUGUUAUACACUCACAACUUGGCAAAUGAAAAGUUUGCACCGUACAGGUCAACUACCACAUUCAACCAUUUGAUCAAAUAUUUUGGUAUUGAUAAAAACCAAAAUUUGUUGGCUAGAGAGAUUCUUUUGGUAAUGAGAAAAGACGGUCAUCAUGCAAACCAAGAAACAAUUGACAAUUUGUUAAGAAUGUGCAAAACCCAUUCACACAUAAGGUCGAUUUCAAGUACAUUCUCAGUUGUUUUGAAAUAUCUAAAAUUGAGUGACACCUUGGGGAUAGACGUGACAUUGGACACGUGGACGAGGGUAUACGAUACUAUUAGGAGCCCACAAUUAAAGGAAUAUUUUUUGAAAGUAUUACAAGGCGAACAAAUACCCAUGACUAGGGGUUUAGUGAUGAGGGUACUCGAUGAUUAUAUGGAGACUACAAACGAUACUGAAAAGGUGAUACACUUUAUUGAAAAUGACUUAAAUUUCAAGAAUUGGAGGUGCGAUAACAAAGUAGUUCACAAGAUAGUGGAACAUAGAUGUCGUCAUGGUUAUAUUCCAGAGAUUGGCAAUAAUGAUGACUAUUCGUUGCUUUCAUUGUUGUAUGGAUUGGCUAAAAACAAGUCAUUGACUUUUAAGUCGAAAUUGAUGUUUGAGAAGUAUUGCAAGUUCACAGAGACGCACUGCCCGCAGCUAAUUAACAUUUACAAAGUCAUAAUCCGGCAACUCAUUGAUGAUUUUAGGGACUUGCGCAAUAUACCUUUGGUGAAUUUUCUUAUACGGGGACUUGUCCACGACGCAACUCAAAGUAUCGGGCUUCCCGUUGAAUAUUAUCAAUAUGAUAGCAGUGCCAAAACGAUUCCUGAAAAUUACAAAAUGAUUUCAAAUAUAGUCAAAUCCAGACUAUUCAAUUUUCAAGCUUUGAUAGAUGUCAUUAAUUCGAAAAAAGUGAUUGAAAUACGAGAACCAUGGACAUUGUUGCUGGAUAACGAGAUCGUCCAAUGGGAGAAGUUGAAGAAAUCCAAUAACAAAUGGGAUGGGUUUAUUGAAGAACAAACUAAAUAUUUACCUAAACAAGAGUUGGAGUUGGCUGCGGACAAGAUAAGAACCCGAGCUCGCAAAACGAGGCAAAAGAAUCAAAUUGAAAGAUUAAGCAUGAGCGAUGGCGCAUAUUUGAGAAAAGUGAUGCUUGAACGAGGGUUGAUAAAGGAGACAAAUGAAUUGUUCUAUUGA